UCUCCCUCUCUCUCUCUCUCUUCAGUACUGUUUUCUAGUGUGAUCGAGUGACGCGGUUGGUAGCUAGCUAGCAGGAUGGUAGAGAAGAACAGUGAUGUCGCCGUAGGAGGGGAGGUGCUGGUAGGCUCGUCGCCGCCGGCGGCCGACCAGCACUGCCGCCAGAAGGUCCUCCGGAACCACCCCGGCGGCGUCGGCGGUGCUGUCCCGCCGGUUACUGAUGGUCUGCCGCAGGUGGUGUCGGUGGUGGGAGACACUGGCAAGCACGCGGCACGCGUGGCCGUGGAAGGCUUCGCGGUGCUGGAGCCGCCCGUGGACGCCGAGGCGGCGGCGGAGCGGCGGGACGACGUGGCCGCGCUCCUCGCCGGCUUCGCCCACCACCUCCAGGAGAGGACCACCCACCACCUGGGGUACCCUUACAAUCUGGACUUCGACUUCAGUGUCAUGGCACAAUUCCAGAACUUUUCCAUCAACAACCUGGGCGACCCUUUCAUCGAGAGCAACUACGGCGUCCACUCCAGGCAGUUCGAGGUCGCCGUGCUCGACUGGUUCGCCCGCCUCUGGGACCUCCAGCAGGACGAAUACUGGGGAUACAUCACCAACUGUGGCACCGAAGGGAACCUCCACGGCCUAUUAGUCGGGAGGGAGCUUUUUCCUGAUGGGAUCAUAUACGCGUCUCGUGAGUCGCACUACUCCGUCUUCAAGGCAGCUAGGAUGUAUAGAGUCGAGUGCGUGGAGAUCGACACUCUAGUUACAGGAGAGAUGAACUGCGCGGAUUUUAAGUCCAAACUAUCGCGGAACGCCGGGAGGCCUGCGAUUGUUAAUGUGAAUAUAGGAACGACCGUCAAGGGAGCCAUCGAUGAUCUUGACAGGAUCAUAAGAACGCUUGAAAAAUGUGGGUUCCGAGAUCGAUUCUACAUCCACUGCGAUGGCGCUCUAGCUGGCCUUAUGAUGCCAUUUAUCAAACAAGCGCCAAAGGUAACAUUCAAGAAGCCUAUAGGAAGCGUAAGCGUAUCAGGGCACAAGUUCAUGGGAUGUCCAGUACCAUGUGGUGUGGUAAUAACCAGGCUCGAGCAUGUAAAAGUGCUCUCCACCGACAUCGAAUACCUAUCAUCUAGAGAUGCGACGAUCAUGGGGAGCCGCAACGGGCACGCACCAAUGUCCCUUUGGUACACGCUGAACAAAAAGGGCUAUAGAGGCAUCCGCAAAGAGGUCCAGAAGUGCUUGAGAAAUGCUCAUCACCUUGCAAACCGUCUGAGGGAGGCGGGAGUGAGCGCAUAUUUGAACGAGUUGAGCAGCACGGUGGUGUUCGAGAGGCCACAGGACGAGGCAUUCGUACACAAGUGGCAGCUCGCAUGCGAGGGAAGCAUUGCACAUGUGGUUGUGAUGCCAAAUGUGAGUGUGGAGAAGCUCAACGACUUUGUCGAAGAGCUCAUCGGCGAGAGACAGCGCUGGCAUGAAGGUGGAGGGUUUAGGGUGCCAUGUGUUGCAAAGGACAUUGGGCAAGAAAAUUGCCUCUGCGGCGUGCAUGACAAGAAAUUAAGAGUAGUAUAAGAUCAUUAGAGGAGUGUAGAACAACAACUUAAAAAUUAGAGUUCUUAAGGUCACACAUGGUUGAUCUAGCUUUCAUAAUUGGACAUCUAUUCCCGUCGUUAUCAGUUUCUUUUGUUGUACUAUCUUGGAUCGUGACAUGUGUUUAGUUCUAUGAUGGUUAAUAAAUUGGUUGGGUUUGUGUUUUCUA